AUGACUCUGCUGCUGGGGGACACCUGGCCUCAGCUCGUGCCAGUUGCCAAAGCAGCGUUCCGGAGCUCCAGUGUUGUUGGACUGAUGCCUGCCCAUCUGCCCAGGCUGACAGCUCUCUCUCCCACUACAUGUGUCCAAGAGGCCGGAUGUGCUAUCAUGUCCCUGGCACGCCUCUCUAACAUGUCACGCUGGUGUGGCAGAGCCCGGGGCCCCGGCCUGUGGUGUGGCCACUGCCCUGAACUCAGCCACACGCAUCCAACACCAACUGCUGACCAACUACCGCGGAGAGAGCAUCUUGUCCAGGAUGAAGUGAGCGUGUUCGGGCAGCGCAGAGGUGGAGGAGGCCUAACGAUGGUCCUGGAGGUGGGGGAGAGCCUGGCCAGCUCUCAGGCCCCUCAGGGUACUCACUCUGAGUGGUCAUUAACACGGGAGUUGCUUAUGCCAGCGAGAAACCGGCCGGACGAGCAAUAG